CCGCUGACAUCAUGACAUCUCCCGUCUGAUGAUACUAUCACUAACCCACAGUGCGCACCAGUGGCCAACACAGUACUGUCCUCCCAAUCCCAGAUGAUGAUCAAUGUCCACAGAGCCUAUCCUCAUACGUCGCCUGUGUGGAAGAAUGCCAUUACCAUUCGAGUCAUUCGUAGUUUCCAAAUGCGCGGAUGGAUUUGGUGUUUGUUAUCAUGGGCUACUGCCGUUUCUUGUCGAGGAUAUUGAGCAUGGUGCUCUAGGAUUGUUUGACUGGGUACUUUUUGUGCUACUUAUGGCACUAUUACUCUGCACGGGACAUUGGGAACGAGCUCAGUCUGCCGUAGCUCACGCACGGCAAUAUGAUAGAACGAUCAUGGAUAUAAGUUCUACCUGACCUUCUAACUACUCGCUUCGACGACUCGGACUACUUACCCGCAUCGAAAACU